UGCACCAUUCUCUCUCUCUCUCUCUCUCUUUCAAACUGUUUCUGUAAAACUCUUUCACUUCUACUGACUCUCUCUACACUCCUCCGAUCUUGAUGAACUUUCUCAUUCUGCACUUGAGGAAGCCCUCGUUCUCUCUCUCUCAAUGACCAAUAUUUAGGAUUAUUUUUUUCACUUACAUUCCUCACUCAAAUGACUCUCAGUAGUGUCACUCUAAACCCGCACUUCCUCUCUCUAGUCUUCUUCUCUCUCCUCUUCUCACCCACCUUCCUCUCUGCAUCAGAGGACGAAGUCCGAUCACUCCUCGAGUUCAAGAAGGGCAUUAAAGAAGACCCACUUGGAAAAGUCUUCAAUACAUGGAACCAAAACUCCAUUUCAGAUCCAAACGUUUGCCCCCAAUUCUUCUACGGCGUUCUCUGCGGCCAGGACGGUUUCGUUUCCGCCAUAGUUCUCGACCACCUCAGCCUCUUGGGAGACAUCAAAUUCUCGACUCUAAUUGGCCUCAAAAUGCUCACAAAUUUGAGCCUUCCGGGCAAUUUUCUCACCGGCCGGCUCGUUCCUGCAUUGGGGUCAAUGACUACUUUACAAUAUUUAGAUCUAUCAGGCAAUCAAUUUUACGGCCCUAUACCGGUCCGAAUCAACGAUCUUUGGGGGCUAAACUACCUCAAUUUGUCGAAUAAUAACUUUACGGGUGGGUUUCCUAGUGGUAUGCAGAAUUUACAGCAGUUACAAGUGCUGGAUUUGCAUUCAAAUGGGUUUUUGGGUGAUGUACAAGAUUUGUUUCCCCAACUGAGAAAUGAGAUUUAUGUUGACUUGAGCAACAAUAUGUUUUUUGGGUCGCUAUCUAUGAGUGUGGAGAAUGUAUCUAGCUUGGCUAAUACGGUGCGGCAUCUGAAUCUGAGUCACAAUAGGUUGGGUGGUGAGUUUUUUCGGAAUGAUUCGAUUGGGUUGUUCCGGAACUUGAGAGUUUUGGAUUUGGGUGAUACUGGGAUAUCUGGAGAGCUACCUCCAUUUGGGUCAUUGCCAAAUCUUCGGGUUCUGCGACUUGGGAAUAAUCAGUUGUUUGGAUCAAUACCAGCAGAGCUCUUGGAGAAUUUGAUUCCUUUGCAGGAAUUAGAUCUCAGUUACAAUGGAUUUUCGGGUUCUAUUCAUGGAAUAAACUCUACAACAUUGAAUACUCUGAAUCUUUCAUCAAAUGUGCUAUCAGGUUCAUUGCCACCAUCCGUGGGAACUUGUGCAGUUAUUGAUUUGAGCAGUAAUAUGCUAUCUGAUGACAUAUCCGUUGUGCAGAGUUGGGAAGCCACUUUGGAAGUUCUGGAUUUGAGUUCAAAUAAGUUGACAGGAAGUAUUCCUAACUUGACUUCUCAAUUUCAAGUAUUGACUAUGCUUAAUAUUAGAAAUAAUUCUCUAGUAGGUUCCUUGCCUCCUGUAUUGGGAACCUAUUCAAAGCUGUCUACCAUUGACCUCAGCCUUAAUAAGCUUGAUGGGCCUAUUCCACCUAGUUUCUUUGCUUCAAUGGUCUUGACAAACCUGAAUCUUUCAGGAAAUCAAUUUACAGGAACAAUUCCCUUUCAAGGCUCCCAUACAAGUGAAUUGUUAGUUUUACCCUCUUAUCCGCCGAUAGAGUCUCUUGAUCUUUCAGACAAUUCCUUGACAGGUAACCUGCCUUCGGACAUAGGUAAUUUGGGGAGGCUUAAAUUGCUAAAUCUUGCAAAGAAUAAAUUAUCUGGAAAAUUACCGGAUGAAUUGAGCAAACUCAGUGGCCUGGAGUACCUUGAUUUAUCCAAUAACAAUUUCAUGGGUAAAAUUCCUGAGAAACUUCCCUCAGGUCUGAAGGUCCUUAAUGUGUCCUAUAAUGAUCUUUCUGGAUCAGUUCCAGAAAAUUUGAGACACUUCCCUGAUACUUCAUUUCGUCCUGGGAACACCUUAUUGGUAAUCCCACAAGGUUGGCCGUCACAGACUGGUCUUCCAGAUCAGAUUCCUGAUAGAGGAAAACAUCACAGUUCAAAGUCUGGUAUUAGAAUAGCAAUCAUUGUUGCCUCGGUUGGAGCUGCUGUGAUGAUUGGCCUUGUUCUAUUGGCUUAUUAUCGAGCACAACUGCAUGACUUUCGUGUUAGAAGUGGAUUUAAUGGCCGAACUGCUGGUAGGGAUGUUAAAAUAGGAAAAUUCAGUCGGUCCUCACUUUUCAAGUUUCGCAAAGAUGUUGAGCCCCCUCCAACUUUGAUAAGUUUUUAUAACGAUCACUUGCUAAUGUCAAAUUCAAGGUCACUGUCAGGGCAGGCGGAGUGUGGAACUGAGAUUGUUGAGCAUGUUGUGUCCGGUGGGGUGGGGGUGUCUGCUAGUUUGGCAUCAACAAAGCCCAUUGUGCUAGAUGGUCAACCUGCAGCUUCUGGAAGGAAGUCCUCUCCAGGUUCCCCAAUAGCUUCCUCACCUCGUUUCAUCGAUGCUCUGGAACAACCUGUGACGUUGAAUGUUUAUUCUCCGGAUCGGUUGGCUGGAAAAUUAUUCUUCUUGGAUGCUUCACUAGCAUUUACUGCUGAGGAGUUGUCCCGAGCUCCAGCAGAAGUUCUUGGCAGAAGCAGCCAUGGCACUUUAUACAAAGCAACACUAGACAAUGGACAAAUGUUGACUGUGAAAUGGUUGCGGGUGGGGUUGGUCAAGCAUAAGAAAGAGUUUGAUAAGGAAAUCAAAAAGAUUGGCUCAAUAAGGCAUCCAGUUGUUGUUCCAUUACGAGCUUAUUACUGGGGCCCAAGAGAACAAGAGAGGCUUAUUUUAGCAGAUUAUGUUCAGGGGUAUAGCUUGGCUUUACAUCUCUAUGAGACAACACCUCGGAGGUACUCCCCAUUAUCGUUCAGGCAAAGGUUGAAAGUUGCAGUUGAUGUUGCUCAGGCUCUGAUGUACAUCCAUGAUCGGAGCUUGCCUCACGGAAACCUAAAGCCAACUAAUAUACUUCUUUUGGGAACCGAGUAUAAUGCUUUCCUUACUGAUUAUGGUCUCCAUCGACUGAUGAUGCCAGCUGGCAUUGCAGAGCAGAUUUUGAACCUUGGGGCUCUUGGCUACUGUGCUCCAGAACUUGCAACCACAGCCAAACCAAUACCAUCAUUCAAAGCUGAUGUGUAUUCGUUUGGGGUGAUUCUGAUGGAAUUGUUGACCAGAAGAAGUGCCGGUGACAUUAUCUCUGGCCAAGCAGGUGCUGUUGAUCUAACAGAUUGGGUUAGGCUGUGUGAUCGACAAGGACGAGGAAUGGACUGUAUCGACAGAGACAUUGCAGGAGGGGAGGAACACUCGAAGGCAAUGGAUGAAUUUCUUGCCAUAUCACUAAGGUGUAUUCUCCCUGUAAAUGAAAGGCCUAAUAUCAGACAAGUCUUUGAAGAUCUCUGUUCUAUAUCUGCUUGAAAUUUUGUACAUUUGUCUUGGAAUUAAUUAUUUUUUUUUCUCAAUUGGUUUUUAGCCUUCUAAUUUGGGCUAAUCAUUUUUUACCUUCAUUUUUUGUGUAAAGGGUUGAUCGAUCCAUUGAUUGAUUGACAAUAUUUCAGUUUGAUUAGCAGUUGAAAAGGUUUAAAAAAAUUUUCCUUUUUGUUUUUUUUGUUUUUUGGCUAACAGUUGUUGAGCAUUUGUUAAUGGUAGUUCUUGUACAUCACUUCCAGAUUGUACACUUUUUCUACCUUUGUUAUUCUGCAUACUUCGGUGAUCGGAAAUCGUUGGUUUAUCAUUUUGGCUUGUAUGAUACUGAGAUAGGG